AUGACUUUAGUGAUGUCUCCUGACAGCAGCUACGGGCGCUACGAUGCGCCUACGCCGGCUGAACAUAAUUUGAUGAGUCCGGUGCACAAGGAACGGGAGCCUGAGUUGCAUAUAGAGUUUGACGGUACGACGGUGCUGUGCCGCGUAUGCGGUGAUAAAGCUAGUGGAUUUCAUUAUGGCGUUCAUUCCUGUGAAGGUUGCAAGGGCUUCUUCAGGCGGUCCAUCCAACAGAAGAUUCAAUACAGACCCUGUACAAAAAAUCAACAGUGCUCCAUACUUAGGAUCAACAGAAAUCGGUGUCAAUAUUGCCGAUUGAAAAAAUGCAUCGCAGUUGGCAUGAGCAGAGAUGCCGUGCGGUUCGGACGUGUUCCCAAACGGGAGAAAGCACGCAUCCUUGCGGCGAUGCAACAGUCGUCGACGUCGCGAGCAAACGAGCAGGCAGCGGCUGCAGAGCUAGAUGAUGCCCCUCGAUUACUAGCGCGCGUGGUGCGUGCUCACCUAGACACCUGCGAGUUCACGCGAGAACGCGUUGCCGCAAUGCGUGCACGCGCUCGCGAUUGUCCCAACUACUCGCUACCCACUAUGGCCUGCCCCUUAAAUCCGGCACCAGAGCUACAGUCUGAGAAGGAAUUCUCUCAGAGAUUUGCACACGUAAUUCGUGGUGUAAUAGACUUCGCUGGACUAAUUCCCGGUUUCCAGCUGCUCACCCAGGACGACAAGUUUACGCUGCUCAAAAGUGGACUAUUUGAUGCGUUAUUUGUGCGGCUUAUCUGUAUGUUCGAUGCGCCACUUGAUAGUAUAAUUUGUCUAAAUGGUCAAGUCAUGAAACGGGACAGUAUUCAAAAUGGCGCCAAUGCACGGUUCCUUGUGGAUUCAACUUUCAAAUUUGCCGAGCGCAUGAACUCAAUGAACUUAACUGACGCAGAAAUCGGCCUCUUCUGUGCUAUAGUGCUUAUCACUCCGGACAGACCCGGACUACGUAACGUAGAACUUGUGGAAAGGAUGCAUGCGAGACUCAAGGCAUGCCUGCAAACGGUGAUCGCCCAAAGCAGACCAGACCGACCUGGCUUCCUUAGAGAAUUAAUGGACACCCUUCCUGAUCUCCGCACUCUUAGCACACUACACACGGAAAAACUAGUAGUAUUCCGAACUGAACACAAGGAAUUACUGCGGCAGCAGAUGUUGACUGAUGAAGAAGGAGUGAUGUCUUGGGGUGACUCCGUUGCCGAUGAGUCGGCUCGUAGCCCCAUCGGUUCAGUGUCAAGCAGUGAGUCCGGUGAAGCCAUCGGCGACUGCGGUACGCCUCUGCUGGCCGCCACAUUGGCUGGCCGCAGGCGACUUGACUCCCGAGGAUCCGUAGACGAGGAGGCACUCGGCGUGGCACAUCUCGCUCACAAUGGUCUUACUGUAACAGCAGUUCGCCCGCCACCUCGCUACCGCAAAUUAGAUUCACCAACUGAUUCUGGUAUAGAAUCAGGAAAUGAAAAGCACGAAAGGAUAGUGGGCCCUGGAUCCGGCUGCUCAAGCCCGAGAUCUUCUCUAGAGGAACACUCAGAUGACAGGCGGCCACCUCCAUCUGCCGACGACAUGCCUGUGCUCAAACGUGUGUUGGAAGCUCCACCGCUGUACCACACGACAUCGCUAAUGGACGAGGCGUACAAGCCGCACAAGAAAUUCCGUGCGAUGCGCCGUGACACAGGAGAGGCUGAGGCCCGCGUAGUGCGGCCAGCGCCAUCUGCGCAGCCACCACAGCACCCGCACCCUGCCAGCCCAGCGCACCCUGCGCACUCGCCUCGCCCCCUGCGAGCCUCGCUGUCCUCCACGCACUCUGUGCUGGCCAAGAGCCUGAUGGAGGGGCCACGCAUGACCCCCGAGCAGCUGAAACGCACCGACAUCAUCCAACAGUACAUGCGGCGCGGUGAGGCGGUCGCGGAAAGCUGCCCAAUGCGCACCGGUGGCCUGCUAACAUGCUACCGCGGCGCGUCGCCAGCGCCUCAGCCUGUGAUGUCUCUACAAGUUGAUGUAUCGGACGCUGAUGCGCCCCUGAACCUGUCCAAGAAGUCGCCCUCGCCGCCGCGCUCUUUCAUGCCGCAGAUGUUGGAGGCGUGA